GGGGGGCCCAAUGGUGCCAACAGCACCCACAACAGGGCUGAUGGCAGAGAUGGCGCUGCAGGCGCCGGCGAUGGCGGCCGAAGCAGAAAGGAGUUGGGAUGGCAAUUGGGAUCCUAGCUGGGAUGGCAACUGGGAUCCUGGCUUCCAGGGCAUGAUGCCGAUGCCAGCAGUUCCACAGUAUCCUUCGUUUGUGUCCGGAGGGGGUACCAGCUCUUCGACGAUGUGCAAGUUUUAUGCGCAGAACCGUUGCUUGAAGGGCGACCUGUGCCCCUUUCAGCACGGCCCACCGCUGGAGCUUCCCAGCUGCACCGGCACGGAGCUGCCCGCGGCCUUCCAGGCCUUACGAGUACUGGCUCCUCAGCAGCCUGGGGGACCGCCGCCCGUGGCCUCCUUGCCUCAACUUCCACGUGGCGGAUCACAAGGCCCGCCCUUGCCACAGAUGCCAGUCAACGCGGCUGCGAGCCUCCCCACACUGGCCCCGGUGCUGCCCACAGCGCCAACUGAGCCCGCGCUCGCGACGCCCAGCGCGUUGCCCGCCCCUACGGCACAGCCGGUGUCCAUGGCGCCCGUGACGUCCACACCCAGCGCCACUGCGCAGCCGCCUGAAGCGCCCACUACGCAGCCGACAGCGCCAGUGGCAACAAAAGCACCCAAGCUUUGCAAGCUCUAUGAUAUGGGCGGCUGCACAAAAGGUGCGGAUUGCCCCAACUGCCAUGGGCAAGAGGAGCUGGACGCCGUGCAAAGGGCACUUGGGCAAACCCCCGAGGCAGCAUAGCUGUGGCAUCGCGCAGGUGCGACCGAGGUCACAGUUCUCGGGUGGCAGUUCUAGCUCAGUAAAAUAGCGGACGGACUUUCAAACCAAAGUAUUUGGCCAGCCUUACAUCCAUUCUGCUCUGCCUUAGACGCAUUCCAUGCCGCGUCAGACACUUUGCUCCAGACCUCGUCGAUUGAGUCGAGGAUAUCUCCUGGAUGUUGUAUUGUAGACACAGACCAAUCAUUUCACACCCUGUUCAAACGUUUUCCAUUGGUCUUCAUGUUGUUUGCCAAGAGCAGCAAACAUGUUCAUCAAGAGUCUAUAUAUAUAUAUAUAUAUGACCUACAUGAGAUCAUCAUCAAACUACCUUCUUUUGAUGUCGUCUUGGAACUGAACCUGAACCUGGUCCUCUCUUUCCCGGUCGGUUUGUUCGAGGCCUGAGAGGCCUUCAUUCGUUCAUCGCUGUGACUGUCGGCUCGGGCCUCCGGUGCGGAGCGACCGACCGGACCGGGCGAGAUCGGGUGGUGAGGACGAAGGACGGUCAACGGUUGAAUUUGUACCAAACAGGACGCCGUGGUGAACUGGGAACAGUUUCAAGGAAGACUUGUAAAUAGAGAUAGCUUGAAAACUGUUGCCUCACUUCGUUGCAUCUCGGUCUAGCCUCCGACCCCGCAUGGAAUGACCGGUCGGCUCUCAC